UGUGGUAACAGGGACGGCACCGAACCCUUUGACUUGUAUUUGUUAACUUUAUGUAAAUUUAUUUCUAUCCGACUAUAUAAAUAUGGCCAACCCCUAUUACUACUUUCCAUAUAUAUUACGGACCUACAAAAUCAUCUCUCUACUUUGAUUAAAAAAAAUUUAUUCUGAAAUUUAAUUUGAGUAAUCAAUUAAUUAAAUAAGAAAGUGCCGCCAUGGGAAGAGCUCCAUGCUGUGAAAAAAAUGGAGGACUCAAGAAAGGGCCGUGGACCCCAGAAGAAGAUCAAAAGCUUCUUGAUUAUAUACACAAAAAUGGCUAUGGAAAUUGGAGAACUCUUCCUAAAAAUGCUGGGCUACAAAGAUGUGGCAAGAGUUGCCGUCUCCGGUGGACGAAUUAUCUCCGGCCAGAUAUCAAGAGAGGAAGAUUCUCAUUUGAAGAAGAAGAAACUAUUAUUCAACUCCACAGCAUCCUUGGCAACAAGUGGUCUGCAAUUGCUGCUCGUCUUCCUGGAAGAACCGACAAUGAAAUCAAGAACUACUGGAACACACACAUCAGAAAAAGGCUUAUGCGUAUGGGAAUCGACCCCGUGACUCACGCCCCUCGACUCGACCUUCUCGAUCUUUCCAGAAUCUUAAACUCGUCUCUCUACGCUAACUCGGCGCAAUCAUCGUCCCAAGUGAAUUUUUCGAGGUUAUUAGGGUUGCAGCCUCUGAUUAAUAUUAACCCCGAGUUAAUCCGAUUUGCCACGUCACUUUUGUCCUCCCAGAGAAGAGACCAACAAGAUUUUCUUCAUCAAACCAAUCUAAUCGAAAACCCUGUUCAAGAUUCAUUAACAAUUCCCACUAGUUCGUGUUUUGAAGCUCAUGAUAACCUCAUGCAAUACGGCCCGCAAACUGAUCUUGACGGGUUCGGGUCGAUGAUUGAUCUUUCUACUACUUUGACGGAAGGUAAUAACUAUGAUCAUGGGCUAGUGACGAACUAUGGUUAUAAUUACGGGUCGGAUCAAUAUCAUCGUCAAUGCGCGGUGAUGGAUCCGGUUCCAGCAGCAUUGGAGAAGUCAACGUUUGAUCAGUCAAACAACAGCGCCAACAAUUUCAGCUUUCAAUCGGUUAUGUCGUCGAAUAUGUCGACGCCGUCAACUAGCUCAACCCCGUUGCAUUCGAAUUCGGCUUAUAAUAAUAUUAACGGCAGCGGAACGGAAGACGAGAGGGAAAGUUACUGCAGUGACAUUUUGAAGUUUGAAAUUCCAGAUAUUUUCGAUGUUAAUGAUUUUAUCUAAUUAAUUUCAUCUUCUCAUUUUCUUUUUAUUUAUUUU